AUGUGCGCCCUCGCAACCUUCGGCCGCCUGACGAUGGUCGAAGCGUGCACCCACGAGGACUCGAAUCUCGGGAAGGUGUGCGACGAGAAGGGCUACCACUACGAGCGGCUCGGCCUCUUCAACGAGAACGACCUCAGCAAGCCGCAGGGCUACCACAAGGCGAAGUUCCUGCUAGACGAGAAGCGCCCGGAGCUCUUCGUCAGUGCACCACCCUGCGGUCCAUGGUCGAUAAUGCAGAACGUCAACCAGCGCAACGAUCAACAGAAGGAGAACCUUCGCAGGAAGCGGCUCAAGAGCCAGCGGAUCUUCGAGAACAACAAGAGGCUCAUCGAGCACCAGGUGCUCAACCUGAACGGCUCGGCCCUCGCCGAACAGCCCCGCAACAGUCGUUCGUGGCAGAAGACCUGCUGGAAGGAUCUCCACAAGAUCCUACCGUGCGAGGUGAUCGUGGAUGGCUGCGCCUGCGGACUACGAGCCCCUGACACGGGCGAGCUCAUGAAGAAGCGCUGGAAGUUCUUGACGAAUGACAGGAGGAUCUGGGUAGCCCUACAACCUCUACAGUGCCGUGGAGGACACUACCACGAGGAGAUAGAGAGCAGCUUGAGGACCGAGGCCUCGGGCUCCUACCCCAAGAUGCUGUGCCGCCGGAUCCUCAGGGCUCUGACCAAGAGCCAGAACCAGAACUACUUCGAGGACGAGGUUGUGAACUGCCUCUGCAUGGCAGCUACCCAGCAGCCACCGACAGAGCCUACGCCAGAGGAGGACGAGCCGACUCUUCCACCACGAGACGGCAAGGAAGCGCACAACCUCACCAACGAGACGGUCAAGAAGCUCGAGAGCUACAUCAGAUUGGUGCUUUUUGACGCUUUCUCGUGGAUCCGUCGCAGCACGAACACGAACGUGAUGGCGCUGGCGAUACUCGACGCCGGCUCGGACAUCCUCUACGUGCGGCUGAUCGACGAGAAGCCGAUCCCGGGUACUACCCGGCAGGUUCGUGCAGGCGACCUUCGGCAUAUCUUUGCUACAAAAUGGUUCCCCUGGAUGGGACGCCCGAAGGUCAUGCGCUACGACCCUGCCGGCAGCGCCAUCUCCGACGAGUUCCGCGAGUGGAUCGAGAGCCAGGGAGUCUACUGUCUCCCAUGCGCGGCCGACGCCCACUGGCAGAUCGGCAAGAUCGAGCGUGCCAUUGAAGCCUUCAAGGAGGCCCUCGACGCUUUCGACGAGAUGGUCUCAGCCGAAGUACCCACCAGCGAGAUGUUCGGACUCCAGACGGCGGCCAGGAACGACCUGAUCAGGAUCGACGGGUUCAGCCCGCUGCAGCGCUAUGCGGGACGGACGCCGACUGGGACGACAGUCAAUCUGUCGGACGAGCCGAACAACCUGCCGCUCAUCAGUGCCGAGCUGCAGGACGGUACCUUCAGCAGGGACGCCCAGGUACGACGUAUGGCGCGGCUGGCUCACAUCCAGACCGAGAACUCCGACCGAGUCAAGCGAGCGGAGGCCGCGCGCUUCAGAAGGGACAGCCUCGCUCAAUGCCUGGGCGAGGACGCUGGUACGGACCUGGACGAGUACUUUGUCACGAGCCAGCGAGCUCGGGACACCGACCUGGUCUACCUGGAACGGUGGUCAAUAUCACACUGGCUGGCCGCCUCUACCGAGUUGCUCCAGAACAACUUCGACCUGCCACCGGACCCUGGGCCAUUUCUGAAGACGAUGAUCGUCCUGUACCACAAGGAGAUCCUCGUAGUCUUGACCCAGGAGGCGGCGGAGGCGGCGGAGGUGGUGGAGCCUUGGCGGCGCCACCAGGACUGGAAGAGCGACCUCUACCUGGACCGCGACCUCCCAGAAGGCGGCCACGAAGCUGGACUACCCGAGGCAGCUGAGCAGCCCAUCGAGGAGGAGAUCGUCAUGGAAGCCCCUCCCGGCGACGACCAGGAGGAGCGCGCGUCGCAGCGGCCCAUCGUGGCGGAGACUGACGAUGACCUCGACGAUAUCUCAGCGCCCGACGUGAACGAUAAGCGCCGGAUCCGAGAGCCCGGCACAACCGAGCCCCCGGCUAAGAAGCAGCGGGUCAACGCUGCGACCCAGGAGGCCUUCUCCUACUACCUGCAGGAGGGCAACUUCUACAGCGACUAUGCCUACAGUGUCCAGCAGUACGACGAUAUGAAGGAGAACGACGAACUUAUCGUGCUGGACAUCCCUGUCAGCAACGAGCAUGCGUUCAUGGCCUACAUGGACGAUCCCAGCAACUUCGUGGCAUCGCAGGCCCGCAAGGGCCGAGUGGAGGUCUCAUUUAAGAAGGCGACGCCUGAGGAGAAGAAGCUGCUACUCGAGGCCCAGCAGAAGGAGUGCACCUCAGUCCUCAGCACGAAGGCCGUCAGGAUCCUCAGCCGACAGGGGAUCGACCCGGCGCGCCUGCUGCGCUGUCGCUUCGUGCUGACCUGGAAGAAGGACACGCUCAAGACGCUGCAGCUGGAAGUGAUACAGUGCGAGCCGUGCGUCUGGGUCAUUCGAGACGGCACGAAGCUGGUUGGCAUGGUUAUCCUACACGUCGACGACAUGAUGAUCGCCGGCGACCAUCACAACUCGGCAUUCCUCAAGAAACGACAGCAGAUACAACAGGCCUUCGAGUGGACACCUUGGGAGAGCCGAGCGUUUGUGCAGUGCGGCAUCAGUAUUCGACAGAAUGAGGACUACACCUGCAGUCUCGCACAGGACAGCUACAGCCUGAACGUGGAGCCCAUCAAGAUACGACGUGGACGCAAGCCCACGGAAGGAGUUUCAGACAAAGAGAGAUCACAUCUACGAGGCCGACUUGGUACAGUCGGAUGGCGAGCUCAGCAGUCGGCCCCGUGGCUCAGUGCAGAAGUCUCUCUACUCCAAGCGGAGAUACCUACGGCGACGGUCUCUACCAUCCAGAAGAUCAACAAGUUGAUCCGCACCAUGAAUGACACUGCCGACGUAGUCAUGCUCAUCCCGGCCAUCGAGCAGAUCGCUGUGGUUGGCUGGGGCGAUGCUGCCUGGGCCGCUCGUAUUACUGGCGAGUCCCAGGGUGGCGAGAUGAUCGUGCUGGCACCACUGUCUUUCCUGAGUGGCUCGACAGAGACGGUAGCGCCUAUCUCAUGGAGAUCAUGCAAGCUACCGCGAGUGGCCAGAAGCAGUACGAGUGCGGAGGUUCAGAUGAUGACAGAGACCCUCGACGAGAUCAGCUACGUGCGCCUGUUCAUCUAUGAGUUAGAGUGCGGCCAAGUGGACUACACCAACAAGCAGCACGUGAACGACGCCAUCUCAUCCUGCCCUGGCGUACUGGUCACAGACGGUAAGUCGGGCUACGACGCGAUCGAGAAGAGCGAGUCAGCUGGUCUCGGCCUACGUGACAAGCGGACGAGCAUCGAGUGUCUAGGCAUUCGACAGCAGAAGGAGCAGACGGCCCUCCAGAUACGCUGGGUCCACAGCGAUGCCAUGCUAGCCGACGGCCUCACCAAGGAUCGAGCCGCCAAGGUCUUGCUGGAGUUCUUCCGGUCAGGUCAGCGCUGGAGACUCGUGGACGACCCCCUGCACCGCAGUGCCAGGAAGCGCAAGACAGAGGGCAUGGACAGGCUGGACCACGGCAAGCCGCUAUCAGCAGACGACGAUGAAGCUAUGCUGGAGGCCCUGAUCUACUUCGCUCGCGACAAUCCCUACGAGCAGGAGACCCCUGCCGGAGAUAUAGCCCUUUGGGGCACUGUGAAGCCUCUCACGCGCUCUGUGCUUUCUGUGAAUUCAGUGGCCAGAGGCCAGAGCGGGGCCGCGAUGCUGAAGCGGAAGAAGAACGGAGUCCGCCGGUGCAGGCGCGGGGCAGGAGCCGCGAGGCUGGAUCGAGGCAGGCCUCGGCAUCGCAUAGCGAGCCAGGGCAGCGGAUGCCUGGGGCAUAUCAAGGACAAGAAAGGCAAUGGGCAGAGCGCCGCGCAUCGGGCGGGCGCCAGGCUGGGCGAGCUUCCGCUCCUGUGGGUGUUCGCCUGCAACUACGCGUUCUUGCUGAUCAACUACUGCACCCUGGACGGCAUCACCCACCGCAGGAUCGACGUGUUCUACUUCGCCUUUCUGCUGCUGGCCACUUUCUGCGUGCUCUACAUCGAGACCGGGCCCUCGUUCUUCAUGUUCCGCGGCAACGAUGCGCUCGCCCAG